UAUUCCUUUCAUUUCUCCUCCCUUUCGAGGAUGAAAUCCGAGGGAAGCGAUAUCAAAUCUUCUUAUUCUGAAGUUCAAACAAAAUCUCGUACAAGGAGAAUCCUCUAUGGAUAAACCCAACGGAAAUUUCUCGAUUCUCGAAGUUGAUUCGACAAAUGCAAAAUUCUCAAUGGCUAAACAAUCAUCUCCUUUUUGUUCGCGCUUCCCUUCUCCGAUUACUUUCCACCCAACAGUUUUAGGAUUACAUGGCGACCAACAAAGAGAAAGAACCAGUUUGUGUGACCGGAGCCAAUGGAUUCAUCGGAUCCUGGGUCGUCCGUACGCUUUUGGAGUCUGGCUAUACAACAAUUCAUACCUCCAUCUUCCCCGGCUCCGAUCCUUCCCAUUUGUUCAAUCUCCAGACCUCUACUAACCCUAAUGCUAACCUUAGGGUUUUCGAAGCGAAUGUAAUGGACGACGAGGCGGUGGCCAGGGCAGUCGAAGGCUGCAAGGGAGUAUUCCACAUCGCCUCACCCUGCACAUUGGAGGAUCCGAUUGAUCCGCAGAAAGAAUUGGUGGAGCCGGCGGUGCAAGGCACUGUCAAUGUUCUUAAUGCGGCCAAGAAAUUUGGAGUGAGACGUGUUGUUCUUACUUCUUCUAUUUCGGCUCUUGUCCCUAACCCUGGUUGGCCGUCUGAUAUGCCUGUCGAUGAAUCUUCAUGGACGGACCUGGAGUACUGCAAAUCGCGCAAGAAAUGGUAUCCAGUUUCAAAAACAUUGGCCGAGAAAUCAGCAUGGGAGUUUGUAGAGAAUUAUGGACUGGAUGUUGUUUCCAUCCUACCAGCCACAUGUCUUGGUCCUCUUCUGCAACCUAAUUUGAAUGCAAGUUGUGCUGUAUUGCAGCAGUUGCUCCAGGGAUCCCAGGAUAGUCAGGAAUAUCACUGGCUGGGUGCUGUACAUGUCCAAGACAUUGCAAAAGCACAAGUUUUAUUGUUCGAGUCUCCCACUGCUUCUGGUAGAUAUCUUUGCACCAAUGGUAUCUAUCAAUUUUCCGAUUUUGCGGACAAAGUCUCGAAAAUAUACCCUCAAUUUCCAGUUCACAGAUUUGUGGGAGAAACACAACCCGGGUUGGUUGCUUGCAAAGAUGCAGCCAAGAGGUUAAUUGAUCUGGGACUUCUUUUCACCCCUCUUGAAGUUGCCAUUAAAGAUACGUUUGAGAGUCUUAGAAGCAAAGGCUUUCUGGAUCAGUGAGUAAAACAAUUAGUGGAACUUAUAGUCCUUUUACUAUACCCCUUAUAAUAUAUGAAUGCAAGCUGGUACACAACUUUAUCUAUGUUAUAAAUAAGUAGAUCUAUUGCUUGUAGAAUCGCUAUACUUUGAUUUGUUUGAAUGUUGACCAAGAAUGUGGUAGGAUGCUUUUAUCUUUCUGCUAGUCUUGAUUUUGGAAUUGUCGAAGAAAUUGACACAAAAGGGAGAGACUGAGCUGGAAAGAAUGAAGUUUCUAUUAAGGUAUAAGGAGAGAAGACACUCUCUCUUUGCUCACUCA